AUGGCUUGGGGAAUCCUCGAAGACAAACACUACCCGAACGGCGACGUGCCCGGUACCGCUCUCCUCGACGACAAGAAGGCGACCAACUACGACCAGAAUGUUGUCGAGGCCCUCAAGAAGGGAACGGGGCGUUCGUCUCACGUCGUCCUCGUCCCUCAGCCGUCAGACGACCCGAACGACCCGCUCAACUGGCCGGCAUGGCUGCGCGAGGCCAACUUCUGGGUCUUGACGUUCGUCGCGGGUAUCGUCGGAGGUGUCGGACCCGCACUCGCACCCGGCUAUGCACUCCUCGCUGAGCAGUGGAAGAUCACUGUCAACGCCGUCGCCGCCACAAACGGUGACCUUGUCAUCGCGCUCGGCUGUAUCAUGAUCAUCAUCCCGCCCUUCGCCGCCAAGAUUGGUCGACGACCGGUCUAUCUCGCUGGCGGACUCUGUCUGUUCCUCUGCUCGAUCUGGUCGGCCGUCUCGAAGAACCUCACCAGCUUCAAGUGGUCCCGCGUCUUCCAAGGCUUCGGCAUGGCCGCAUUCGAGGCGCUUGUCGUCUCUACGAUCGCCGACACUUACUUUGUCCACCAGCGCGGCGUUCGCUCGGCUAUCUGGGGCUUCUCUAUCCUGGCAGGCAUCAACUUGACGCCCAUCAUCAACGGCUACGUUAUCUCGAACCCCUCCCUCGGCUACCGCUGGGCCUUCUGGCUUCUCGCCAUCGUCCUCGGCAUCGGCUUCCUCGGCAUCGUCUUCUUCUGCCCCGAGACCGCCUACGACCGCGAUGCGGUCUUUGCCAUCGACGAGCACGGCAUCGCCGACGCCGCCGCAGUCAACGCCGCUACCGACGAGCUCGAGAAGUCGUCUAAUGGCGAGGACAAGCCCAUCGGACAGGUUGAGCACCUCGAGAACGGCUCGUCCGUCUCGUCGCGCCAGCAGAUCAGCUACAAGCCCCGCAAAACGUACCUCCAGAUCCUGUCUCCCGUGUCGUAUUGGGGCCGCGUGAACGUCUUCAAGCUCAUCCUUCGCCCUUUCCCCUUCUUCCUCUCGCCCGUCGUCUGGCUCGGCUUCUUCGUCUACGGCCUUACGACAGUAUGGUUAGUUGUACUCUCGAUCUGUAGCUCGAUAAUCUUCGGCGCGCCACCGUACCACUUCGACGCAACCCAGACCGGCCUCACCUCCAUCGGCCCGCUCGUCGGAUCCAUCCCUGCGACUAUCAUCGCCGGGCCGCUGUGCGACUACAUCGCGACGUGGAUGGCACGCGCGAACGGCGGCACCUUUGAGCCCGAGUUCCGCCUCACCCUGAUCUUCCCCUCCUUCCUCCUCGAGUUCUUCGGCUUCAUUGGCUGGGCGGUUAUUACCCAGAAGAAUGAGGGAGGCGCCAACAUUCACUGGAUCGGUCCCGUCAUGAUGUACACGCUCAUUAACAUUGGUCAGAGCGUGUUGAGUACGGCUAUUAUCGCCUACUUGAUUGACUGCCACCGUGGGCACACCGCUGAGGCUAUCGCGGUGAUCAACCUUAGCAAGAAUUUGAUUCUCUACGGCUUCACCCAGUUCGCUAUCGACAUGAUCCUCAAGCUCGGCAUCCCCCAGACGAUGUACAUGCUUUCAGGCUUGCUCGCCCUCUCGCUCGCUCCCACGAUCCCGAUGUGGUUCUACGGCAAGCGCGUCAGGAGCUGGAUCGCCCGGCACGACAGGCUUUUCCUCAUCGACAAGUAA